GCCUAGUUUCACUCAACUCUGGUUCUUUUGUGGAAAGAAAGAAAAGCAGAAGACAUGAGACAAACAUGAAUAAGAGGCUAAAGAAGCACAACAGGAGUAUAUGACACUAGUUAUGUAUGUUUUGUCAUGGCUGCUGUGGAUCUACAAUUGUUUUGCUGGCCAAUGAAAAGUGAAAAGGGUUGAGGAAGCUUAUUUUGAUACCUAAGGACGUACAUCUUGCUUCAAACACUUAUGUAGUUGGGCACUCCGUUGCACUUACUGUCAUAAUCAUGAAUACGGGCUUCAGUCUUUUCAUGAUUAAGAGCUUUACUUCGGAUUUGACCAUGGUCAACCUACCAAAUUUCUUCAAAAGAAUUGUAGUGGGAAAGCAGACUGAAAAGAAUUGUAGUUACCGAAGCCUCAGGCAAAGAACCCUCUCGAUUUGCUGCCCCCUAGUAAGAUGUUAUUGGACGAGCGAGUAGAAGAGGUUGUACUUGAAUGCCACAACCAAUUUCCGUGAGGUAGCUAUGAAAGGGUUUUGGGUCAUGCAUGAUAAAAGGUGACUCUAUAUGGUUCUGCAGCUGCAUAUGCAACAACGUAAAAACCAUCUCUAUUAUCACAUUAACAAGGCUGGGUUUUCUGCAGCGUAUGGAUUUAGCUCGUAAGCAUGUGUUAUGAAAGAUGCUUAUUAUUAGUUCAGUGACACCACCUCUCAAGGUGAAUUGCUGUGGUUGUUCCAACGGAAAGAGACACCCCAGUUCGCUACGGAUGGAUGUUGCGUUAUGGAACUCUACGAGUGGACAGAGGUUGAUAUUUCAGGUGAAAACUAGAAGCGCCCAACGUUUCGAGGGAGAGGCAUUGUAGGACGCCAAACGUUUCAAGUGCAAAAAAGGCAUUUAAGUAAUGGUAAGCCGUAAACUGACUCAUGGAGUUGAUAACGUGGUUGAUGAAGGAUUUACAUCUCCUUCUGCUUGUGACGUUGAAGAUUCAAAGAAUAGUUCUCCGGUCAUCGAAAUCACUCUCUCCGGUGGCCUGCAUCUAACUCCAGCCGAUAGAGGCUCUAAAAGUUUUCAGGCGAAAGUAGAGGAGGUCUCAGAGAGUUAUAAUUGUUUUCCGGCAACCGAUACCAAGGAUCUCGGUGACCUAAUCUUGGGAGAUGUCGGCGGCCAGUCUUCACCGGUCAUCGCGGCAUCUGUUCGAAGUCAAACGUUGCGUCGUUUUGGUCAAAGUCAAUGGAUCGGUCGAGUCAGUUCUUGGACAGGUCAAGUCAGUGGCUCGGUCAAGUCUAUAGUCGGAACAGCUAAUGAUUUCUUUCACACUCUUGCUGAAAUCUAUCGGUACUUUUUCUCUAUCUUUUCCUAUGAACACGGUGUCCUCUCUCAGAUGUAUGCUGUGGUGCUUUAUUUCCUCAUAAUCCUAAGAAAAGCUCAACUUGACUGCUUCUUUUAUGGGUUUGAUAAGAAAGAUAGAAGAUGUGAUUUGUCUUUGACUACAUCACUGGAGUUUAGUGAUUUAGCUCACUCACAUAGGGAUGAUAUAGAUUAUUGCUGUCUAGGAUGGAAUCCAAAGGAUGACUUUGUUCUUAAAGAUAUUUUCAGAUCUUACCAGGUCAUUGCAAUUGGAAAUUCUGAUGCCUCCAGGCAGAUGCUUACAUGUUUUCCCGCGACCGGAAUUGUUCUUAUACUCUGGCCCUCAGUAAGGAUGAUAAGGGUUGUAUGCAUAUCUUGUACUAUGAGUUUGUCUUGUGUACUUCUUAUUCAAGAUGGCAUCUGAGUUUUUACCUUAAAAUGGAUGAUAUUCGCUGGCUAAUAUUUUCUCUGAGAAUUGGCUUUUUACUGCAUUCUUGUGGGGUUGUGAAGAUAAAAAGGUUGAAUGAUGAGGAUUUUCGAGGAGUAGGUCAGAAUCAUAAAGAUGCUCUUGUUCAUGAUUGUACCUAUAAAAUUUUCUACCAGCUUUCAGCCAUCAGAAUUAUUGACAGAUAGAGCUAGAUCUCUAUUAAUUCUCUCAUGUCUGGAUUGGUCUAGUUUCUCUGACCCUUGGGGUGUAUGAUAUGAGCCGAAUGUUUAACUUGGAGAAUGAGGCUGUUUGGUUGUCUUCUUACGACAAUGGGUGUUUAGGAGUUUGUUCAGACUUUGUUGGUAGUUCUGUGAGUUGUUGGGAUGAUUUGCUGGUUUUCAACUUACUCUUUUCUCGAACAUAUUUCGCUGCCAUACUUUUAAGCCAGUUAUCACCUUCGGGGGCUUGGGAUGUCAGUUCAUAUGAUUGGUACAAGUUUAAGGCGAAUCUGGUUAAUAACCUUGAAUUGUUUGUUUGGAUUUUUCAGUGGUUCGGAUCUUCUUCCUGGCAGGUUUCCGAGGAGUUUUUCAUCAUGUUCUUUUUUUCCAAUCAGUCUAAUACAAUUCUUCUGUUUGGAGGGAACAUGUCUUGGUUCAUCUUUGUUAGUCAUCUUACUCUUUGGAGGAGUGAUGCACCUUUGUAUGUCACGCGUGACUCAUUUAUGAGAAUUAAACGUCAACAUACUCACGUCUUGAAAGAGGCUCCAAUAGUGUUUACUGUAAUCGUGGUCAAAGUGGCGCUGAUAAAGUAUUAGCGAAUUUGAAGAUUUAUUCAUUAGAACUGGAUCGAUUGAGGAUGUAUUCUUUACUUCCUGGAUGCAAUAUUUCUUGUCUCGACACAUAUCUGCUUUUUCCCUUUGUUUCAUUUUCUUCAUUGUUGUAUUAGCUUAUUUUUUUGGUCAAGUAUCUUCCUCUGUAAUGGUUCAGCCUCCGGUCUAGUGUCUACUAACUGUGAUGGCUAAAUUUGUAAUCGUUUGCUUAUAAAAAAAGAAAAACUAUCUCUCUUA